AUGCGUCUACCAUGUAUAGCACGGCUGCUCGCUGGCUUCUCGCUCUUAGUACCGCCUGUGUCGGCUGUUUCGGCUGUUAAAGUAGGCAUGAUUGCAGCUUUUGAUGCCGCGCCAUAUUUACUAGAGCUUGUGGAGACUGCGGCGGGAGAGAACUCAUCUUCAUACUUCCCUUUGCUAGAUCGAAUCGCAAGCGGUUAUUUUCUGACAGCGUCAUCGGAAGCUGAACUGUAUCGCCGGUUCCUCGACGUGAUUCACGAAGAUGGGCAUAUAACCAGAUCAGACGCCCUAUCUACAUUCAACUUGGCGCUCUCUUUACGAUCCGCGGCCCCUAGGAUCGAAGCACACUACCAACACUACUCCAAGGCUAUGGAACCUCUGAAGGAAUUGCGAGAUUGCGAUACUUGGGUUUUACUCGACCACAUGCAAUAUUGUACGCCUAAUCUCGAUACAGGAGAAAAGAAUGAUCUGGCUUCCGCGGUCGCCAAACCGCUACCUUUUGAUCGCAGUCUGGGUAUGGGAAGGGAUGCUAUUCUAUAUGCUGACCCUACCUCAAACGAAUUUGCCGAGUAUCAUCAGUCACUGUCAAAGGCGGCACAUGCCAUGAAUCUACGUUACCGACUUCGAUAUCGUCGCAGCAAGUCUCAUAUUAGCCGACCAUUGCCAGUCAGCGGCUAUGGAGUGGAACUCGCAUUAAAGAAGACCGAUUAUAUAGUGAUGGAUGACAGACAUUCCAGCAAAAACACGGACCAAAGCCCGAUGAAACCGGUUGAGGUCCUCGAUGGAACAGACGACGUGGUUGAUUUAAAGCCCCUUUCUACUUCUGAGCUCUCUUCCAUUGGAAUGAAAGCUGCGUCGUACAUCAAAAACAGUGACCACCCGUUCGAUGCCUUGGUGAAACUCACCCAAGAUUUCCCCAGAUUUGCAUCUUCUAUAGCCUCUCAAAAUGUCUCCCAGGCGUUUGCUGCGGAAAACAAGCAGAAUCGAGCACAGAAGAUGCCUGGUGGUGUCAAUUUUCUGUGGAUGAACGGAGCGCAGCUUACCGAUCGAGAGAUUCAACCUUUUGCUCUUGCUAACAUGCUACGAAGUGAAAGGAAACUUGUUGAUGGAAUUCGAGAUUUGGGGUUCGAUGGAGAACAGGCCGUUGCUCUUCUCAGCCACAAAGCAGUGUCAACUAUCCAUAAAGACGACAAACCAUUACGUUAUGAUUGGACAGAUAGGUUAGAGGCAGGCGGUGUAAUCUUAUGGCUCAACGAUUUGGAAAACGAUGAAAGAUAUAUAUCGUAUCCAAAGACGUUGACUUCACUGCUACAACUCACCUUCCCUGGUCAAAUUCCACCGAUUGGCCGAAAUGUCUUCAACUUGGUCAUUCCCGCCGACUUGUCCGAUGCCGAGGAUCUACAAUUCAUCUCCGAGGUGGAAGCUAUCAUCGAUCGCGGUGUCCCCAUUCGAUUUGGACUGGUGCCGCUGCAGUUGUCUGAUGAAGCAAAGACUCAAGCAAAGAUUGCAUAUUUUCUGACAGAAAACUAUGGCAUUGAAUCUACAAUAUCGUACAUUAAACAGCUGGCUAAAGCUCAGCAGAAAAUGACUGAUUCUGGGACUCUUCUAUCAACGAUUACUGAGAGCCGUACACUUUUACCUGGAGGCGAGAGCAUGUCGUUGUCCAUGAUAUUGCAAGCAAGCGACUUUACGGAGAAGCUCGUACAAGCUGGGAACUGGGCCAGAAGGUUGAAAGCCGACACUGCUGUUCGCCCAUUAUUUAUGAACGGUAUUCUGGUCCCUCGUGACCAAAACUGGAUGCAAUCACUGGGCAUGAAAGUCUCGGGUGACCUCCAGACUAUUCAAAGGGGGAUAUUUCAUGGCGUCUUAGAUGAUGAUACCUGGACUAUUGAAGUAUUUCUCGAAGGUGCCGUCUCGCGACGCAACAUUUAUAUUUCGGAGACAAACGAAAAAGCCCUGCGAGUAUUAAAUAUUGCCAAAAUCUAUGACGAGAAUGCGGAUAUGUUUAAUGCGGUUCCGAUUGUCGAUUCCUCUGCAGAAUCAACAACAGAGAAUUGGGCAGUUGUUACCGUCCUCGCGGAUAUGUCUUCCAGAGCAGGCCUUGAUAUACUUUUAUCGGCCCUGGAGUUCAGGCGCAGUAACCCGGCAGUCCGUCUGGAUUUCAUCAACACUCAAGCCGAUUUCAAGGCCUCUUCUCAGGUCAAUAGGGCUUUGAAAGCUAAUCAAGCGAAGUUCAAAGAAAUUGUAACCAUACAAGAGCUGGAAGAGCUCCUUCGUGAGGCCUCGGAUUACGAUGCCAGUGACAAUUUUGCAGCAUCUGUGGCAGAAUUUCUCGCUGAGACUAAAAUACCGACCGGUUCACAAGUCGUCAUUAUGAACGGACGAGUGAUAGGGCCGAUCGCAGCAGCAUCGACUUUCAAUGCCGAUGAUUUUGAGCAGUUGCUGGAGUAUGAGCAGACACGCCGUAUUCUUCCCGUUCAUGCCGCAGUUGCCGAACUGGGCUUGAGCGAAAGGAUUUCGGAUUCUAUGGCGGCUGCCAAACUCAGCUCCAUUGUAGCGCUCUCAGCGCUCUCAGAUUUUCCUGAAGGAAUAUUCGAAUCCUCUUCGGGGGUCCGUUCUACGAUAUAUACCGCUUGGAACUCGAGCCACACGGGUGUAGAAUCAGGGGACCCAAAGAAAUCCAGCAUACAUAUUGUCGGAUUGUUGGAUCCUGUCAGUGAAAAAAGCCAAAAAUGGGUCUAUAUUCUGAGAGUGCUCGCAGAGUUGGACGGCGUCUACGUGAAACUCUUCCUGAAUCCCAAAGAACUGGUUGAGGAACUUCCUGUAAAACGAUUUUUCCGUUACGUCAUCGAAUCGACGCCGAAAUUUGACGAGAACGGCAGUGUCAAAGACUUGACAGCAACUUUCUCAGGGCUUCCAUUAAAUGCAUUGAUGACUGUGGGCAUGGACGUUCCGCCAGCCUGGCUAGUUGCACCAAAGUCGUCCGUACAUGACCUCGAUAAUAUUCAAUUAAGCGCUGCAAAGUCGGACAUUGAGGCUACCUACGAGCUGCAACAUAUCUUAAUUGAAGGGCAUUCUCGCGAUGAUCAGGAAUCUGCCCCGCGAGGUGCCCAACUAGUUCUGGCAACGGAAAAUGAGCCUCAUUUAACAGACACCAUUGUCAUGGCAAACCUUGGGUUUUUCCAGUUCAAAGCAAAUCCUGGCGUGUAUAAUAUUCGGCUCAAAGAGGGUCGAAGUGCCGAGAUCUUUACCAUUGAAAGCAUUGGCGCUCAGGGAUGGGAAUCAGCACCUGAUGACAAAGGCAACGAACUCGCCUUGAUGGAUUUUCAAGGCACCACGUUGUAUCCGCGACUCAAACGCCGCCCUGGAAUGGAAAAUCAAGACGUUUUAGAGGACACUAGUAACUCAUCCAAGGGCAGCAUGGUUUCAAAAAGCCUAAAAUUUGCCGAAGGGCUAUUGAGUGGCGGAAAAGGCAAAUCCACUUCAGAUUCACAGCAUGCUGAGAUCAACAUAUUUUCUGUUGCUAGUGGGCAUCUGUAUGAGCGGAUGCUCAACAUCAUGAUGGUUUCUGUCAUGCGCAACACGAAACACAGCGUCAAAUUCUGGUUCAUAGAACAAUUUCUCUCGCCGUCGUUUAAAGAGUUUAUACCGCAUCUCGCAAACGAAUACGGUUUCAAAUACGAGAUGAUCACAUACAAGUGGCCACACUGGCUUCGGCAGCAAAAAGAGAAGCAAAGGGAGAUUUGGGGAUACAAAAUCCUCUUUUUGGACGUUCUCUUUCCGCUGUCGCUUGACAAGGUUAUAUUUGUAGACGCUGAUCAGAUUGUUCGCACCGACAUGAUGGAUCUUGUUAACCUGGAUCUGAACGGUGCGCCGUAUGGCUUCACGCCGAUGUGUGACUCUCGAACGGAGAUGGAAGGGUUCCGAUUCUGGAAGCAAGGCUACUGGGCGAACUAUCUCCGUGGGAGGCCAUACCAUAUUUCUGCUCUCUAUGUCGUGGAUUUACGCCGUUUCCGUGAGCUGGCCGCCGGAGACCGACUCAGACAACAGUACCACGCUCUCUCAGCCGAUCCGGCUAGUCUGUCAAACUUGGAUCAGGACUUGCCUAACCACAUGCAAUUUCAAAUUCCAAUCCAUAGCCUAUCGCAGGACUGGCUUUGGUGCGAGACGUGGUGCAGCGAUGAGAGCCUCGCAAAGGCUCGGACCAUAGAUCUAUGCAACAAUCCUCAAACCAAGGAACCGAAACUGGACAGAGCGAGGAGGCAGGUCCCUGAGUGGACAAUGUACGAUCAAGAGAUUGCUGCCCUUGACUUGAAGCGUAAACAGCGAGUCCAGUCGGAGGCAACAGAAACGGACAGAACGAGAUCAGAAGAUGGAGAAGCAGGACACCAUCACUCAAGGGAUGAACUGUAG